ACACAAACCACCCAAAAAAAAAUAAGAAUCAAAAGAAUAAGGGGAAAAAACACCCACUUUCUUCUUUUUCUUCUUCUUGCAUCUGGGUUUCUGAAAACAAAUUUUGUGACUGGCACAAUCUCCACUCAAACAGAAAAAGAAAAAAACUUUCAGGAUACUUGAGUGAUUGACUUUGAAUGAAAUCCUGUUAUUUCAUUAUUGAAACUCAAUUGAAGUGAUUCACUAGAAAACUUAUUCUUCAUAGUCCUUGAGUUACAACUGAAGCUAUUAGAUUUCUUUUAACUCCACCUGUUUCCUUGGAUCUCUGAGCAUAGCUGGGAAUCAAGAUCAGUUCGAAAUCAUGUUUCAGUUGACUGAUGGUUCUGAUAUUGGCCCCAAAAGUUUCCUGCUGCUACUAGUAUUGCAACACUGAAAGUGGCCUUAAGAGAGACUGGUAGUUUGGUUUUGAUAUUGGUUCUGAUAUCAACGUGAUAACUAAGUAUUGUUCCUGUUUAUGGGAGAGAACCUGCAUUUAUUGCAUGCAGGGCUAGUCCCAUAUGCGUGUUUGACUACACUAGUUUGGAAAAACUUUUCCAAUGCGUAUUAACUGGGUAAUUCUUCUUUUGCCUAACUGCAUCUGAAUGGUGCUUUUGCCAAAUAAGUAUCUUGUGGGGUCCACAUUUAGUAUUAAGGCAUCAACAUUGUUAUGUGAUCAUCUCAAUCUGAAAGAAGCAUAUAAUUCAGAAUGGUAAGUGUGGAGCGUUUUCACAGAGUGAUUCCCUGUGAACCCACGCCCGGUGGAAAGCUCUCCUUGUCGAGCUUCGACCAAUACAGACUCUACACACAUAUUCCUCUCCUUCACAUCUACAGAUCCAAAUCCAUUCAUCAUCAUCAUGAUGAUGCCUCUGUCACUCUCAUGGAAACUCUCACCAACUCUCUCAGUAAAGCAUUGGUUCACUACUAUCCACUCGCUGGCCGCUUAUGUGCAAUCCAUGGUGGCCGCUGGGAACUCAACUGCAACUCCAUGGGAGUACACCUCUUUGAAGCACAUUACCAACCAACAACAACAAAAACAACAACUUUGGAUGAUUUUGCUCUAACCCAAUUGCUGCAACAACAACUCAUGCCCAAGAUUCCUUAUAAUCCCCCAAUAGAGGAUAUGCCUCUGUUGGUGAUACAACUCACUAGUUUCCCUUGUGGUGGACUCACUCUUGGGGUGGCCAUAUCUCGUGUUGUGCUUGAUGGGGUUGGUUUCAUGGUUUUCCUCAACUCUUGGGCCAAAUUGGCUAGGGGAGAGAAUCUAGAUCCUUCUGAGAUACCAUGUUAUGAUAGAGCUUUAUUGAACUUAAGCAGGGUCCACAUCUUGCAGCGUUUUCAAUUUCAUCACCCGGAGUUUCAACCACCACCCCUUUGGGUAGGUAGCUUCUUGGUAGAUGACACCAAGUAUGACACUAUUAUUGAGGUUUUCAAACUCACCAAAGCCCAAGUUCAGAAGCUUAAGGAGAGAGUCCUUAUUGACUUUGGCAAUGGAAAUUCUCCACAGCAAAAUUGUACAAGUUUUGAGGUUAUUUCUGGGCUCCUAUGGAGGUGUGUCUGCAAGGCACGUUUUGCUGGCAAUGGUGACCAACCAACAAGAGUGUCCACCUUGGUUCAUUGUAGGAACCGGUUGAAGCCACCCGUGCCAAAUUCUUAUUUUGGGAAUGUAGUUCUUCCAACUGUGACAAGAACCUGCACCUUUGAUGAUGUCAUUUACAAGCCUUUGAGUUAUGCUGUUGGGAACAUAAGAGAAGCUUUACGGAGGUUGACUGAUGAGUAUAUAAGGUCUGCUCUUCAAUAUAUAGCUGAUCAGAAGGAUGUGAGUGUGGUGAGAAAUAAUGUUAACUUCAAUGUAGCAAGUGCUGGAGGACAAUUUAGGGGAAACCCAAGUCUAUCUAUUGUUAGUUGGAUGAAUUUUCCUUUUCAGGAUGCGGAUUUUGGGUGGGGAAAACCUGUUUAUCUACUUCCAGGGAACAUAAAUUCUGAAGGGAAGGCCUUUAUUAUGAAUAAUGGUAAUGGUGAUGCUGAUGGUGAAUGUAUCAUUGUAGCUAUUUGCUUGCUUGCAUCCAAUAUGGAUGCUUUCAAGAAGUUCUUUUACGAGGAUGUAGCAGAGGUACUUAGUUCUUCCAAGCUGUGAUGUUUGUGGCAGAACUUCUCGUGCCAAAGAGGUAUUAGUACACAAUGUGGCUGCUAUUUUGCUAUUGUUACUAUAUAUACAUAGCGUGUAAAUAGAUUAUAUUAAGUUAGGUUGGGCCUAAUUAGGUAUAGAUUCCAUAAAAUGUUUCGAGUCUGCCUUGUCCUAUAAGUCUCAUGUAAAUUAAAUUAUAGACUUGUUUUCGCCUAUUAGCACACUACAAACUAAAUGAUAUACAUAUUGUAGCCUUUUUGGUUUGGCCAAUUCAAACCUAUCAAGUCCUU